CACCAUGACUUCCGUGAGGAUGCAGAGCUCCUUGGCAGGUCAGACCUAUGCAGUGCCCCUCAUUCAGCCCGACCUGCGGCGGGAGGAGGCCGUCCAGCAGAUAGCCGAUGCCCUGCAGGACCUCCAGAAGGUCUCCGGGGACAUCUUUAGCAGGAUCUCCCAGCGUGUGGAGCAGAGCCGGAGCCAGCUUCAGGCCAUUGGGGAAAGGGUCUCCUUGGCCCAGGCCAAGAUAGAGAAGAUCAAAGGCAGUAAGAAGGCCAUUAAGGUGUUCUCCAGUGCCAAUUACCCAGCUCCGGAGCACCUGCGGGAGUAUGGCUCCAUCUUCACGGGGGCCCAGGACUCCGGCCUGCAGAGAUGCCCCCGCCACAGGAUCCUGAGCAAGCACCGGCCCCUGGACGAGCAGGCCCUGCAGGAGAAGCUGAAAUACUUCCUCGUGUGUGUGACCACCAGGCUGGAACCCGAGGAUGAGACCGAGGAGGACCUGGGGGGUCUUCCCAGCAACAUCAGCUCAGUCAGCUCCCUGCUGCUGUUCAACACCACCGAAAACCUGUACAAAAAGUACGUCUUCCUGGACCCCCUGGCCGGCGCGGUCACCAGGACCCACGUGUCGCUGGGCACCGAGCCGGAGGAGAAGCCGUUCGACGCGCCACUCUCCAUCAGCAAGAGGGAGCAGCUGGAGCGGCAGGCCCGCGAGAGCUACUUCUACGUGCCCGACCUGGGCCAGGUGCCCGAGAUCAACGUGCCGUCCUGCCUGCCCGACCUGCCGGGCAUGGCCGACGGCCUCACCUACAGUGCCGACCUGGGCCCGGGCAUCGCGCCGUCGGCGCCGGGCACCAUCCCCGAGCUGUCCACCUUCGCCAUGGAGCUGGUAGCGCCCGCCAAGCCCGACCUAGAUGGUGGCGUUCUUGCAGUGCCGCCGCCACCUCCACCACCGCUGGCCCCGGCCGUGCUGGUCAGUGCCCCCCCACCCCCGCCGCCGCUGCCCCCCCAGGAGGCCGCCCCGGAGGACGCAGGCAGCGCGGGGCCCCAGGGAAAGGAGCUUCCUGAACAGCGGAAGCACAGCUCCCGCACCCAGAGGGCACACCUGUCUCGGGGGCACCUCUGGCACUGGCAGUACCUGGUCGCCUCUGCAGGGUGA